AUGUCAAAUCUCCUCGGAAGUUUAACCGCGUUUGACCACAAUUCCCAGGAAUGGGAGAUUUUUAAAAGCAGAUUAGUGCAAUAUAUUAAGUUAAAUGCGGUAACGGCGGACAAUGAGUGUGCUUUACUUUUAACUCAUUUAAGUGACGAGACAUACCGACUGGUAAGGAACUUAGUGCAUCCGAAGAAAGUCGAGGAUUCUAAGUUCGAGGAGCUAGUAGCGGUGUUAGAUAAACAAUUAGCACCAAAACGUUGUAUUUUCGUCGAACGGGCGAAAUUUUACGAGGCGACGCGUGACGUUGCAGAAAACAUCGAACAAUGGGCGGCUCGAAUAAGUGGACUUGCUGUACGCUGCGAGUUUGGAGCCCCCUUGGAUGAGCUGCUUAGGGACAGAUUCGUGCUGGGGCUGAGCGUAGGCCCAGAGCGCGACCGGCUGUUCGAGCAGGAUGCUGCCACGUUAACGUUCGCGAAGGCCGUGGAAGUGGCCCAGAAGGCGGCGUAUGCUAGGAGCGCACGUACUACGUCUGUUCCUGCUGCCGUCGUGCAAGUCAAGCAGGAGCCGGUGUACCGGGUGGGUACAAGUCGCCCUGGUACCGGGGGGUCCUCCGACUCUCGACGCUGCUCCGUCUGCGGGCUUAAGAGCCACGACGCAAGUAAAUGUAAAUACAAGAACUACCGCUGCCAGGGAUGUGGACAAAAGGGGCAUCUAAAAAAGGUGUGCAACGCUGAGAAGGCGAAACAGUGUCGUGUUAACUGCAUUCAAGCUGACCUUGAGGGAUCAGCUGAGGCUUCUCAGAGUGCUGAAGGUUGCAAGGAGUGCGAGCAAUUUAAUUUAAGGUACGUUAAUUAUGCACCAAUAUUAUUGGAUGUAGAUCUUAACGGUAAAAAGUUAACAAUGGAACUUGAUUGCGGUUCAGGCGCGAGUGUGAUAAGUGACAAAUUAUAUUAUAAAACGUUUUCGGACACUAAAUUAAAAAAAUGCGAUUUAAAAAUGUGUUUCUACAAUGGUCAUCAAGUCACGCCACUGGGCUAUUUCACUACAAAAAUAACAUAUUUUAAACAAACGCAUGACAUAGAUAUUUAUGUUAUGGAGGAUGGUAGUCGUUUAGGUCUAUUGGGCCGUGAUUUUAUGACCAAGUUUAACAUGUAUUUUGCGAUUGACAAACAAAGAAUUAAUUUUGUUAGUUCGGAAUCGUUUCAAAGUGAAUUACCGCGGUUGCUAAGCGAAUAUUCGAGCCUUUUUAGUGAAGACUUAGGUAAAUUUAAUACAUUUCAAGUAGAAUUGAGAUUAAAAGAAAAUGUUACGCCUAAAUUCUUUAAGCCUCGUACGGUUCCUUUUGCUAUUAAAAAUAGGGUAGAGGAAGAAAUUGACAGGCUCGUUGGUUUAGAAAUAUUGGUACCGGUAACAUUUUCUAAAUAUGCGACACCUAUAGUGCCGGUUUUAAAGGAUAACGGCAAAAUAAAGAUAGCGGGUGAUUUUUCCGUAACGCUCAAUAAAGAUAUGAUAAUAGAUAAGUAUCCUAUGCCCCGUAUCGAAGAGGUGUUCGCGCGGCUCGGUGGCGGUAACCGUUAUACGAAACUCGACCUUAGUAACGCAUAUAAUCAAUUUGUUUUAUCAGACGAUUCACAAGAGCUCACUACUAUAAAUACAACAAAAGGGUUGUAUAAGUAUACGAGGCUCGUGUAUGGACUAGCUAACGCGCCGGCUAUUUUCCAACGCGCAAUGGAGACACUCCUAGUAGGUAUAGAAGGAGUCAGCUGUUGGCUCGAUGACGUAUGCGUAACGGGACCUACUGAUGAAUUGCAUUUAUCGCGAUUACGGGAGGUUUUAAAAAGGUUUCAUGACUCGGGUUUAAGAUUGCAAAAAAGUAAAUGUGACUUUUUUAAAAACAGUGUAACUUACCUCGGUUUUGUAAUAGAUAAAAAUGGUCUACGUGCAUGUCCUAAGAAAACCGAGGCUAUUUUAAACGCGCCUAAACCGGCAAAUAUUUUAGAUGUUCAGCGUUUUUUGGGCAUGGUAAAUUAUUACCGCGGUUUCGUACCUAACGCGUCAGGCAUGCUGAGCCCUCUCCACGAAUUAUUGCGCAACGGGGCAAAAUGGGAGUGGGGUUCCCGACAGCAAGAGGCUUUUGAAAGCGUAAAAAAAGAACUGUGUUCAGAUCGGGUACUGGGUCAUUUCGACCCCGCGGCACAGCUGGUGUUAUCAGUAGAUGCUGGGCCUGGCCUUGGUGCGGUUCUGAGUCAACGUGACCCACAAACGGGAGCGGAACGGCCGCUUGCUUUUGCCUCGCGAUCGUUAACCCCUAGUGAGCGAAAUUACAGCCAAAUUCAGAAGGAAGCUACUGCCUUAAUAUUUGGAGUAAAACGUUUUCAUCAGUAUUUAUAUGGUAGACAGGAACCAUUUAUCUUAAAAUCGGAUCAUCGACCAUUAUUAUCCAUUUUUGGUAAAAAGGUUGGAAUAUCCGUAAUGGCGGCGUCUCGACUUCAGCGUUACGCGAUUAUACUGUCGGCCUAUAACUAUGACGUCCAAUACAUAAGUGGCUCGAAAAAUAUAGUAGCGGAUUAUUUUUCUCGCGCGCCGCUGCCGGAAUGUGACGAUGAAGAGGAUGAGGGAAAUAUUUCUUUUCUAAAAUUUUUAGACGCAAGUGUGGCACCAGUAACAUUUGAUGAUUUAAGGCAAGCUACCGAAGCUGAUCCAGUGUUGCAAACUGUAAUUAAGUAUAUGAGCCACGGAUGGCCACGAAAAAUCGUUUGCAGUUCAGUUAUGCCCUUUUUCAAUUGCAAAGCUGACCUGGAAGUAGAUGACGGUUGCUUGUUUCGUGGUCAUCGGGUAGUUAUUCCGACGUCGUAUCGUAAUCAGAUAUUACAGGACUUACACUCUGGUCACUUAGGCAUAGUAAAAACAAAGAGUAUCGCGCGUAGUAAAUUGUGGUGGCCAAAAAUCGAUUCCGAUAUCGAACAAUGGAUAGGAUCAUGUGCAGUUUGUGUGGCCACGCGACCCUCCCCGCCGCGCGCCGCGCCCGCGGCUUGGCCUCGCCCUCCGGCCGCUUGGCAUAGGAUACAUAUCGACUCCGUGGGAGGAACUCCUAUCGCUGUCGGGUCAACGAUGAAGUACCUGGGACUCGUCCUCGAUAGCAAAUGGAGGUUCGUAGAGCAUUUCAAGCGCCUGGCACCUAAGUUGAUGGCUGCAGCCGGAGCGCUUGGACGGAUUCUCCCAAAUCUGGGCGGACCGGGAGGGGCCUGCAGGCGGCUCUAUAUGAGUGUCUUACGCUCAAUGGCGCUUUACGGGGCGCCAAUAUGGGCGGAUACCCUGAGGUCUAAAAGUGCGGCCCUAUUGCGUCGACCGCAGCGCCCUAUAGCCCUCAGGGUUGCUCGAGGGUACCGUGACAAUUCACAUGUGGCAGCCGGCCUGCUGGCUGGAAGCCCGCCAUGGGACCUUGAAGCCAAGGUGCAGUCCGCUGUCUAUUGGCGGGUGCAGGCUGCUAGGAGGGAGGAAAACUGGCCCGCCCCUCAAGAAGUUCGCCAGUGGCGGGAAGAGGCGCGAGAAGUGCUCUUCGAAAAGUGGUCGGAGCGUUUAGAGAUCCCGGGAGCUAGCCGGGACCUGGUGGCUGCUAUUCGGCCCGUUCUGAAGGAAUGGGUCGAACGCAAACAUGGCGCACCCUCCUUCCAUCUCACACAGCUCCUGACGGGGCACGGCUGCUUCGGCUGGUACUUGUGUGAGAGGGUGGGAAGAGAGCCAACAACGGCGUGUCACCACUGUGGAGGAGGAGCCGUGGAUACGGCCAAGCACACGCGCGAAGAGUGCCCUGCGUGGGCGGAGCCUCGCGCUGUCCUGUCCACGGCUAUAGGAGGUGACCUCUCACUGCCGGCGCUAAUCCGCCGCAUGGUGGACAGUGAGGAGGCAUGGGCGGCAGUGACCUCCUUCAGUGUCACCGUCAUGACGCAGAAGGAGGCGGCAGAGCGAAUGCGCGAGGAUGAUGCGAGCUCGCUCCCUCAGCGCCGCAGGAGGCCGGGCAGGCGGCGAAGAGCCUUCGCGGCCCGAAUGCUGCCACCCUAACGGAACCCUGCGGGUGAUGGGUCGGGAGUUCCAUCACCCGCCUGAAGAGGUUCCGAGCUGGAAGGCCCUCGCGUGUUCCGAGGUGCCUUCAGUGAAGUAGGCUGCUCGAGCAGCCCGAAAAGAUGGUCCCGCAAGGGCAACGCCGGCAGGGUAUCGGUGGCCUGCCACCGUGUUCCCGAAACCCCGUCAACAAAGCGAGCGCCAGAACACCCCAGGGGGUUUAGUCCGUGGGAGUCGGACAUACCCACUCGGCUUCUCCCGGGCCAGUGGGAUCCAUAACGGAUUCCCCCUGGGUCAUCAAAAAAAAAAAAAAAAAGGAUACAUAUCGACUACAUGUCAUUUGAGCAGCGGGUAUACUUAAUAGUUAUAGAUGCGUAUAGCAAAUGGCUCGAAUGUUUGUUUAUGAAAGGCGGUACGUCUACACGAUCUCUAAUACUCGAGUUGAAAGAAUUGUUUUCAAGGUUUGGCGUGCCACAUGUUAUUGUAUCAGAUAACGAUGUUAAAAUUAAGUCAACAGAAUUUGAGCAUUUUUGUGCGAUGAAUGGCAUUAGAUAUGUAACAUCACCUAUUUAUCAUCCUGAAAGCAACGGACAAGCCGAAAAUUCUGUAAGAAUAUGUAAAAAGAUGUUAAAAUGUAUAUUAUCUACCGGCAAUUCCCAUACAGAUGUACAUAAUAAGUUAUUAGGAUAUUUAUUUGAAUAUCGAAAUACAUCGCAUUGUUCUACUGGCGUAUCGCCAGCGCAAAUCAUGUUUGGCCGUAGUUUGAGGUCGCGUUUGGAUCUGGUCUUACCUCAACGUAAAAAUGAUUUUGGUUUAAAAAACCACAAUGAAGAGCUACCUUGUAGACAAUUUAAAGUGGGGGAUAAAGUAUGGUUAAGAUGGUUUACAGCAAGAAAACAAUUUUGGACUUUAGGUUUUAUACAAAAUAUAAUUGGUAACCGGAUGUUUGAAUUAUAUGUUAACGAUUACAAUGUUUUGUGCAAACGGCACAUUGAUCAGAUUAUAAGGUAUACGGGGACCACAAAAUGUGACAGUGAUGUAAGAAAAGGUGAGGACGAUGACAAGUACACGUGGUUCACUCCACCACCGCCCUCGGCAUCGCCGCCAUCUUCGCCCCCAUUACCAAGUGACGAAUUAAGUAAUUCGCCUCCUUCUCCAACGACUGUGACUCAGCGGUCGGAUCCCGUUUCCGACGAAAUAGGAAGUGAGGAGUGUAACACAGAGUUACCGGUGGAAAAGGAGGCAGAGCAAAGUUCAACGGACACAAGUUCGAAUGUGGAACCUGCAUCCUCAUCCGUCGCGGAUAGCGCCCCCGCGCCGCCGCUACGGAUUGGCCCGACCUUGAGGCCUAGAACUAAGAAAAUAGAUUAUACAUUGUAAAAAAAAGGAGUAGUAAGUAAGUGUUAGUUUUAAUUCUUUGUGUUUUCUUAUUGUUAUCAGGUUUCAAAAUUAAAGGGGAAGGAGUGACGUGUAUGCGCCCGCGCCGCCCCCCACCUCAGUAAUAAACUAGCUUCGCUAUAUACCGGUCGUUGGUCAUUUCGCACCCCAAGUACUUCCCACGGGGUCUAGUCACGUCUGAACGCCACGAUUGAAGUGCCAAAAAUAUGUAUACACGACUUUAUGGUCCAUAUAUUAGGGUAGUUUAUACAUAUUUAUGGCACUUUGUCCGUAUCGAUAUUUUCAUUAGUGACCGUACCUAUAGUAUAUGUAAUUAUGUUUAAGAAUGUUGUUUCAGUUGCAGCUGUUGCAAUGUUCAACUGUAGGUUAAGUUAUUUCUCUAAAGAUGGUCAAAGACUGAAUUAAAAAAAAAGUAGAUUUAAUAUAACAUUCGUCCAUUUGAUAGUCGUAAAUGUAUCGUAGAAUUAAUAACGUUUGUGUUAGUAGUCGUGAGUACAUAAUUAAGGAAGUACAUUAUAUUGAUUACUAGAAUUCAUCCCAAAUGAUAAUCAAAGGGAGGAAGUCCAAUUAGGGCCUGUUUCACAAUGUCCAAUAAAAUCCUGAAUAAGCUACUUGCCACUUAUCUGACGAAUAAAGUCAAUUUUGGCGUUUCACAAUAAAGAUAUGAUAAAGAAAGAACAUUGUGAAACAUGCCCUUAGACUAGAAAAUCACAGAAUCAGAGAUUGAAGUUGUACAGCAAACCGAUUAUAAAACAACUUUACAUCAUAUCUUACUUAACUUUACUUAUUCAGUUCAAGGAAAAAUAAACCGUAUUCCAUUGGAA